AUGGAGAAUGACUCACCGAUGAGUAGGGAGGACCAUGCGCAAUACAUGCGGAAUCUGAGCCUGAAGAGAGGAUUGAAGAGAGCUCCUAGGCGAGGGUGGUCCAUGUCCGAUUAUCAAGGCGACCAUGUCUCUCAUUCUGGGCACAGCUCCCCUCAAGCAAAAACAGGAUCUCCUGUCCCUGAAGGUGCCCCUUUUGUUACGGUUGAGUGCCAGAAGCAUCAAGAGCAUGAAGCUACAGAUCAGGAACGGCCAUACGCUCAUCGGCGACCAAACUUGCCUCUUCCCCGUCGCACAUACGCUGUGAUGGACAAUGAGCCUAUACCUCAAACUCAACCCCAAUUGCAGCCUCCUAAAGACUACACCCUGCUCGACCUUCCCUCAGAGAUUCAUUACGCUAUCUUAGACUUCCUUGACCCUAUCGAUAGUACGUGUCUUGGCCUCACAAACAGAAGCUUUUAUGAUAUGCAUCGGCGACUGCAUGGAGCGGUUCCCUUUUCUGUCCACUACUUAGCACCUAAUGAUAUUGAAUGA